AUGCACUUCACCUUCUCCGCCAUCCUCGCUAUUGCCGGCGCCAGCUUCGUCGCGGCAUCCGUCGACGCCCAGUGGUCCUUUGACAUCUACCAGACCAACGACUGCAGCGAUGGUCUCCCCCCUCUCAGCCAGAGCGGCAGCGGCAAGACCUGCUCGCCUCAACCCGAGUUCGGGUUCUUCGGCGUCAAGGUGCACAGCGCCGGUGGAUGCACCAUCAACUUCGUCGGGGAAGGCUGCAGCGACGUGCUGACGAACAGCCCCGGCAAGAUCCCUGCGGAUGGCAAGUGCCACCCUCUCCCCAGCGGAACCACCAGCUAUGCUGUCGUUUGCAACUGA